CAAUAAUGUUCUAGCCACUGCUAUCCCUACAAAACAAGCUUAGUAUUAUACAAAUAGCAAGAGUUGUUUUUUCCCUGAUGGGGAAACUUAUGUAUGUGGUUUUUCCAAUAUUAAUAGUUUUUGCAGUGUUGAGCUUUGAUUAUGGAAUGGCAGCAGCGCCAACUCCACAGCCAAAGUUGCGGUGGCAUUACUAUAACCAGACAUGCCACUUAGCAGAGGUGUAUGUCCGGCACCAAGUGAAGCUGUUAUGGGAUAAUGACAAAAGCAUUACUGCUAAGUUACUACGCUUGGUUUACACCGACUGUUUCGUCACCGGUUGUGAUGCAUCGAUACUGCUUGACGAAGGACCAAAUCCCGAAAAGAAAGCACCACAAAACCGGGGGCUUGGAGGAUUUGCACUAAUUGACAAUAUCAAAACAGUCCUGGAAUCACGAUGCCCUGGAAUUGUUUCCUGCGCUGAUAUACUCCAUCUCGCCACCAGAGAUGCUGCUAAAAUGGCAGGUGCACCUGGCUAUCCAGUUUUCACAGGAAGAAAGGAUGGCAUGAAAUCAGAUGCUGCAUCAGUAGACUUGCCAUCACCAUCCAUCUCAUGGCAGGAAUCUCUAGCAUACUUCAAAUCAAGGGGCUUGGAUGUACUAGAUAUGACAACACUCUUAGGAGCACACACACUGGGUCAAACACAUUGCAGCUUCAUUCUUGAUAGGCUGUAUAAUUUCAACGGUACUGGAAACUCAGACCCAAGCCUGGAUGCUACUUUUCGAGACAAACUGAGAGGACUUUGUCCACCGAAAACCAAGAAAGGACAACAUGACCCGCUGGUAUUCCUAAACCCAGAAUCUGGAUCAAAUUACAUCUUCAGAGAAUCAUACUACAAAAGGAUCCUGCGCAAUGAAGCUGUCCUGGGAAUAGAUCAACAAUUACUAUAUGGCGAUGACACUAAAGAGAUCACCGAUGAAUUUGCUGCUGGAUUUGAAGAUUUUAGGAGAGAAUUUGCUCAUUCAAUGUUCAAAAUGGGAAAUAUCAAAGUUUUAACAGGAAAUCAAGGAGAGAUACGCCGGAAUUGUCGAUUCACAAAUAAGUGAAACCCAAAUUAGCAGCAGAGAAAUUUAAUAUUUUGUCUGGAUUCAGAUAUGCCCAGUUUAAAUAUACUAUUUUCUGUGUUCUGAAGGUAAAGAAUAGUACGUGAAUAAGUGACAAGAAUUGUACUCUCUUAUGUCCUUUGUAAGAUCCAACAAUUUAAGAAGUUACAAAAAAAUAUUGUUGUAGUAUGUAUAAACAAUUAUAUUAUAUUAUAUAUCCUUUCUUCUGCCAACUCAAAUCUACCACAAAGAUUAACUCUAUGUUACCGCAUAGGCGUAUACUACACCAAUUCCCUCCCCUGUAUCUACCCUCCAUUUCUUCU